AUGGACGAGAAGCAGCCUGUCCCCACGGAGCUGGGAGUCAUGGGCGACACUACCCUAGAGCAAAAUGGAAUCAAGAUACAUCCUCAGCCGACUUCAGAUCCCUUGGACCCGCUGAACUGGUCAAGGCUUGAGAAGCAUACUAUCUUAGGAAUCGUCAUGUUCAAAUAUUUCCUCUUCACUUACAUCACAACGACAACAGUUCCUUCAUUCCCUGAGCUCCAGUCUCAGUUCAGUAUCAGUUACUCGGAAGUCAACUGGACCGUCGCAAUCCCUGCCCUUGGGCUUUCAGUAGGGCCCCUUUUUUGGACUUCGCUCGGCGAUAUAUACGGCCGUCGCACUAUUUUCAUCACUGGAACCGUCAUUGCUCUCGUGUCGACGAUUGGAGUAGCCGUGGCCGGGAGUUAUAGCGGAUAUAUGGCCGCUCGAUUCUUCCAGGGAUUCGGGGUUAGCCCAGCGGCGACGGUUGGGAUGGCGAUUGUCAAUGAUCUUUUCUUCGACUAUGAACGCGGACAGAAACUGGGCUUGUGGGUUCUGGCAAUUGACUCUGGACUAUUGCUGGGGCCAACCUUGAGCGCAGCAUGGAUCAACUGGUUCAACGCCAUUCUCUUCGCUGCCCUGCUGGUCCUCGAACUCUUUCUCAUGCCCGAAACCCUGUAUCCACGCACAAUCAUGCUCCAGCGCAUGCCGCGGGACGGCCAUAAACCCCCGGCCUCUUCAGAUAUCGAACAAAGCCCAACAGACGAGAAGACCGGGAGCAUGGCAACAGCAGCUAGGCCUGCCAUUCCAAGAACCAGAGAACUCGGCUUCUUCAAUGUCAGACCGGUUCCCGGCAUGCGGCAUCCCAAACCAUGGGACUCUGUCGUUCGCUUUGUCCUCACUUUCCGAUUUCCCGUCAUCGUUACCAGUGUUAUCGGAUACUGUUUCCUGUGGUACUGGUGGAUUUUGUCGGUCAUCACAAUGGUUCCUGCGGCCUACGCGUCCUACACCCCGUUGAUUCAGGGACUGCUGUUUCUCGGGUUGUUUCUGGGGACAGUGACCUCGGAGAUCUGUUGCUCGGGUAGACUGAGUGACUAUAUCGUUGACCGAUUGGCGAAGAGGAAUGGCAGCGUGCGCGUCGCGGAGAUGCGGUUGUGGCUGGCCUAUCCUGCAAUCCUCAUCACAGCCGUUGGACUUGUUGUCUGGGGUGUCAGUAUUGACAAGAAUUAUCAUUGGAUGGUUGGUCAAGUCGCGUUCUUCCUAUAUGGGAAACACCGUCACAAGCAGCUAUAUCAUCGACAGCUAUCCCCUUCAGUCAACGAGCAUAAUCAACUUCUAUGCCGUCUUCCUCAACUUGAGCGCCUUCAUCAACCCAUUCUUUAUUGCGCAAUGGCAGGCCACCGCAGGAUACACAUGGACGUUUGCCACGCAGGCUUUGAUUGUCGCGGUUGCUGGAACCGCUGUAUUUGCAUUCUUGCACUGGUUUGGGGCAUCGAUGCGUAA